UGAAGUCAGAAAACAGUCCCCCAGCAUCUGAAGAAACAUCUGGGAAUAAGCAUUAUCAGAUAUGCUCAACAAGAUGCUUGUCACUCACAAAUCCGAAAGCACAGAGAUAACAUCUUGGCUUGUCCUGCCGAACAUCAAUUGAAUUUGAGGGAUCAAGUCGGCCUGCUCGAUAGCAAUCAGGUUUGCCACUUGAAUCAAUUUGCUAGUACCAUCUGAUGACUUGAUCAGAAGUUCAAUCCUGCUGAGAUCCACAUCAGAAGAGCCAUGAAGCAAUUACUCCUGCAGUACCUGAAGCUGUUCCUGUUGCUAGGGCUUAGCAGAGUCACAACCGAGCACGUGCCUAAAUAUGAUGUGCUUGCAUCCCUGGGGACGCUCCCCCUUGACGGCCAUUUCAGCUUCCACGACUUGCCUGCAGCUGCAAGGGACUUCGGUAACCUCUCCAGCUUCCCGCCAGUCGCUGUGCUUCACCCAGGUUCAGUGGCUGACAUUGCCAGAACCGUGAGGCAUGUGUUCUUGAUGGGUGAGCACUCCACGCUCACAGUGGCAGCUCGUGGGCAUGGGCACUCGCUAUAUGGGCAGUCCCAGGCUGCUGGAGGGAUUGUCAUCAGAAUGGAAUCCCUUCAGAGUGUCAAAAUGCAGGUGCAUCCUGGUGCAUCACCGUAUGUGGAUGCCUCAGGUGGAGAACUCUGGAUAAAUGUCUUGAAUAAGACGUUGAAGUAUGGUUUGGCGCCGAAGUCAUGGACAGACUACCUCCACCUUACGGUCGGGGGCACGUUGUCAAAUGCGGGUGUCAGCGGGCAGACAUUCCGGCAUGGUCCACAGAUCAGCAAUGUGAACGAACUGGAGAUUGUAACUGGAAGAGGUGAUAUUAUCACUUGCUCACCAGAACAGAACUCUGAUCUCUUCCAUGCUGCUCUUGGUGGUCUAGGUCAAUUUGGCAUCAUUACUCGGGCCAGGAUCGCUCUUGAGCCUGCUCCACAAAUGGUAAGGUGGAUAAGAGUUCUCUACUUAGAUUUCAUGAGCUUCACCGAGGAUCAGGAGAUGCUUAUUUCAGCAGAGAAGACCUUCGACUACAUUGAAGGUUUCGUAAGCAUAAACAGAACAGGCAUCCUAAACAACUGGAGGUCAUCAUUCAAUCCACAGGACCCAGAACGGGCUAGCCAGUUCGAAACAGACAGAAAAGUGCUCUUCUGCCUUGAGAUGACAAAGAACUUCAACCCUGAAGAAGCUGACAUCAUGGAACAGGAGAUCCAUGCACUACUAUCUCAACUCAGAUACACACCACCGUCCUUAUUCCACACAGACGUCACUUACAUGGAGUUCUUGGAUAGGGUGCACUCCUCUGAGAUAAAGCUGAGAGCUAAGGGCUUGUGGGAAGUCCCACACCCAUGGCUUAAUCUCAUCAUCCCAAGAAGCACUGUCCAUACAUUUGCAAAGCAGGUCUUUGGGAAAAUCCUUGAAGAUAACAACAAUGGUCCCAUAUUGCUCUACCCAGUGAACAAGUCCAGAUGGGACAACCGAACAUCAGUGGUCUUACCAGAUGAGGAAGUUUUCUACCUGGUGGGAUUCCUACCCUCGGCGAUAGGCCCCCACAGCAUCAAGCGUACACUGAACCUGAACAACCAGAUAAUAGAGUUCUCUAACAAAGCAAGUAUUGGGGUGAAGCAAUAUCUUCCAAACUACAGCACAGAACCCGAGUGGAAAGCCCACUAUGGGGCUAGGUGGGACGCAUUUCAACAGAGGAAAAACACCUAUGACCCCCUGGCAAUCCUAGCUCCAGGACAGAGAAUAUUUCAAAAGACACCAGCGUCACUACCCUUGUCCUCAUGAGAGUUUCUACUGUAAAUAAUGUGGAGCAAUAUGUCUUUUUUUGGAAUAGUUUGAAUUGCUUACCACAUAUGUCACAUGGUUAGCAAUAUGUCUAUGUUAGUAUGGAACUAUAGUCACUUUAAAAGAUAACGAACUGUAGCGUGAAGAACACAGUGUACAGAGUGGUGACUAUUAAGUAGUGGUGAUGCUCAAAAUACUUUUAGCAGUGAGAUCAA